AUGGCAACAGAUAUAACUCGAAGAAAACUAGUAAUAGUUGGAGAUGGAGCAUGUGGUAAAACCUCUUUACUUUAUGUAUUCACAUUAGGUGAAUUCCCAACAGAAUAUCAUCCAACAAUUUUCGAAAAUUACGUAACAGAUUGUAGAAUAGAUGGGAAACCAGUACAAUUAGCAUUAUGGGAUACUGCAGGACAAGAAGAAUAUGAAAGAUUAAGACCUUUAAGUUAUAAUAAUUCAAAUAUUAUAUUGAUUGGGUUUGCUCUAGAUACUCCUGAUUCACUUGAAAAUACUAAAACUAAAUGGGUACCUGAAGUUAAAAAAUAUGUUCCUAAUACUCCAUAUAUAUUAUGUGGUUUAAAGAAAGAUUUACGACAAAAUUCAGAAAAUGGGAAUACAAAUGAUUUAUCUAAGAAUAUAAUCAAUUUACAAAAUCAUAUAAAGCAAAAUAAUAAUAUAGGUCAUUAUCAGUAUGGCCGAAGACAAGUAGGAUACGUAUCUUAUGAACAAGGUGAAGCAAUGGCUAAAACUAUUGGUGCUAAAACUUACAUGGAAAGUUCUGCAUUGACUGGGGAAGGAGUAGAUGAUAUUUUUGAAUAUGCUGUUAGAAUCAGUUUGUUACAUGGUUCAUCUACAAAAUCAAGUGAUGGUUGUUGUACUAUAUUGUGA